CCCUCCUCAACUGCUUUUCCGACGAGAGUGAAAGGUUGAAAAGAUGAAGGCAUUUGCGGGCCUCUUGCUGGCCGCUACGGUCGGCCUCUCUCGUGCUGUGCCCAACCAGCUUGCUUUCAACGCCCACCCAGGUGCUGGUGCGCCCGGAGAGGCUGAAACGGCCACCGUCAAGACGCUUCGUCACGCUGGCCUUCCCGCCCACACGCUUCGCUUCGUCGAGCCGCCCGGGUCAAUCUGCGAGUCGACAGAAGGCGUGCGCAGCUGGUCAGGCUACCUCGACGUCGACCUCGAUGCGCUGUGGGAGCACCAGGGGGGCGACAAGCUCCUCGCCGAGGACUACGCCGAGGUGGACGAAGGCGUGAAGGAGGACCCGCAUCCCAAGGGCGUCAUCGAGCACUUUUGGUUCUGGGCCUUCGAAAGCAGAAGCGGGAAUGCAGCCGAAGAUCCCGUAGUCAUGUGGCUCAAUGGUGGACCGGGCUGCUCGUCGGGCUGCGGCAUGCUCAUGGAGCUUGGGCCCUGCAAUGCCCGGCCGUACAAUGGUACAAAGGGGCCCCACACCCGCUACAAUGAGUUCUCGUGGAACAACAACGCAUCGCUCCUCUUUCUGGAUCAGCCUGUGGGCACGGGCUUCAGCUACGCAAGCUGGGCCGACGAGUUGCGCAACACGCAAAAGGACAAGGCGCCCUCGCGCAUCUACACGGCAAAGGCAGCCGCUCGCGAUGCCAGCGCCUUUCUCCAGCUCUGGGCCCUGCAUGCGGCCGAUCUGUUUGGCGAUAAGAACGGCCUUUCGUCGUUCCACAUUGCCGGCGAGUCGUACGCCGGCCGGUGGAUCCCUCUGAUUGCCAAUCAGCUCGUCGAGGACAACAAGGAGGCGAUUGCGCACCCGGAGCGUGGCCUCGCCGCUCUUCCCCUCGACUCGGUCCUGAUCGGCAACGGAAUCACGAGCCCAAAGCAUCAGUUCCCUGCCUAUGUCGAGUACGCAUGCGCAAACACGACGGGCUUCGGCAAUUUUGUCGACGAGGCCGAGUGCGACCGCAUGUACUCGCGCAUCCCCACCUGCCUGAGCCUGGUGGAGAAGUGCAACACGCCGACCAAGGGCUCGCUCCACGACCGCUUGGCCUGCAAGACGGCCCUCGACUUUUGCGAAGAAGCGCUGCAGACGCCCUACUACCAUGAUGGCCGGUCCUCGUACGACUUUAUGCACUAUGGCGACUACGAGGAGGACGACUGGUUUGCCCACUUUCUCAAUGACACCCACACCAAGAAGGCCCUCGGCGUCGACAAGACGGGUGCCGGCGACGGCCACGACGGCACGUUUGCCAGCUGCUCCGAUGACGUCUACAAUCGCUUUGCCAAGACGGGCGACGGGGCAAAGGACUCGAUGUGGGCCGUCAAGGCGCUCCUCGAGAACGACGUUCGGGUCUUGCUCUACGCCGGCGAGCGAGACUUCAUCUGCAACUACAUUGGCAUCCGCAAUUGGUCCCUCGAUCUCGACUGGCCCGGCCAGGCGGCCUUCCAGGCGCGUGAGCUGGCGCCCUGGCACUCCGAGGGCGUCAUUGCCGGCAUGACGAGGACAGAGGGCCCGCUGACCUACCUCACCGUGCGCGAGAGCAGCCACUUUGUGCCGUACAGCCGGCCACGCGCCAGCCUCGAGAUGUUCAACGCGUGGGUCCACCAGAGGGGCGUGCCCGAGUAGCAAUUUCCGUAGUAGAAGCAGCAGCAGUAGCAUCAGCAGAAGCAGGAAAGGGACACAUGGCAAGCCAUUCGAAGACAACGAGGGAAGGUCGUUCGUCGUUGUUCUUUUGUUUAAAAAAAGAUAAAAUGGAACGAAUGUGUGAAUUUGGGGAAUAUUGAAGUGAGAAAUGGGACAGAGCAGCAAC